GGAUCCCAUGUGGAAUGGUGUAAACAGCUGAUAGCUGCAACCAUUUCUAGUCAGAUUUCAGGCUCUGUCCCAUCAGAAGGCGUGUCCAGAGACUACAGGGCGCUGCGGGAUGGAAACAAACUAGCACAGAUGGAAGAGGCUCCACUUUUUCCUGGAGAAUCAAUCAAAGUUAUUGCUAAAGAUGUUAUGUAUAUCUGUCCAUUUAUGGGAGCAGUCAGUGGUACACUAACAGUGACGGACUUCAGAAUGUAUAUCAAAAGUGUUGAAAGGGAUCCACCUUUUGUUGUUGAUGUUCCCCUUGGAGUCAUAAGUAGAGUUGAAAAAAUUGGAGUGCAGAGCCAUGGAGACAACUCAUGUGGUAUAGAAAUAGUUUGCAAGGAUAUGAGAAAUUUGCGGCUGGCCUAUAAACAGGAAGAGCAGAACAGAUUGGAGAUUUUUGAAAACCUUGUAACACGCGCAUUUCCUGUUUCUAAUGGGCUGCCUCUUUUUGCAUUCAGUUAUAAAGAAAAGUUUGCUGUUAAUGGCUGGAAAGUGUAUGAUCCAAUGGCAGAAUAUAAGAGGCAGGGCUUGCCCAAUGAGAGUUGGAAAAUAUCCAAAGUUAACAGCACCUAUGAGCUUUGUGAUACGUAUCCUGCUAUUCUUGUUGUGCCAACCAGUGUAAAGGAUGAUGACCUCUCAAAGGUGGCAGCGUUUAGAGCAAAAGGCAGAGUUCCAGUGUUAUCCUGGAUUCAUCCUGAGAGCCAAGCAACAAUAACACGAUGCAGUCAGCCGUCGGUAGGCCCAAAUGAUAAGCGCUGCAAAGAAGAUGAAAAAUAUUUGCAGACAAUAAUGGAUGCCAAUGCUCAGUCACAUAAACUUAUCAUCUUUGAUGCCAGACAGAAUAGUGUUGCAGAUACAAACAAGGCAAAAGGUGGAGGAUAUGAAAGUGAAAGUGCCUACCCAAAUGCAGAGUUGGUCUUCCUGGAAAUUCAUAAUAUACAUGUAAUGAGAGAAUCCCUGCGUAAACUUAAAGAAAUAGUUUAUCCUACUAUUGAUGAGGCUCGGUGGCUAUCAAAUGUGGACUCCACACAUUGGCUGGAAUAUAUAAGGAUGCUUCUUGCUGGAGCAGUAAGAAUUGCGGAUAAAAUUGAAUCUGGUAAAACAUCUGUAGUGGUACAUUGCAGUGAUGGCUGGGAUCGAACUGCACAGCUUACUGCACUAGCUAUGCUUAUGCUGGACAGCUAUUACAGAACUAUCAAGGGGUUUGAAGUUCUUAUAGAGAAAGAAUGGAUAAGUUUUGGACACCGAUUUGCAAUGCGAGUAGGACAUGGAGAUGAUGAUCAUGCUGAUGCAGACAGAUCUCCUAUUUUCCUUCAGUUCAUCGACUGUGUUUGGCAAAUGACAAAGCAGUUUCCUGCAGCCUUUGAAUUCAAUGAGUUAUUUUUGAUUACCAUUCUGGAUCACCUUUACAGUUGUCUCUUUGGGACUUUCUUAUGCAACUGUGAAAAAGAGAGAGUAAAAGAGGAGGUAAGCACAAAGACUACAUCGCUGUGGUCCUAUAUAAACAGCCAGUUAGAUGAGUUCACAAAUCCUUUCUACGUAAACUAUGAAAACCAUGUCCUGUAUCCUGUUGCCAGUCUGAACCAUUUGGAACUAUGGGUGAACUACUAUGUCAGAUGGAACCCAAGGAUGCGGCCUCAG